AUCCAAAUCCAUACGGUUAUCCAACUGGUGUACCACCAGUUUAUCCUCCAGGUUAUAUCCCACCAAUGGAGGUUCCAAUGGCUCCACCAAUGGGUGUACCAAUGGUUCCACCAAUGGGAGUUCCAAUGGGAGUUCCAAUGGGUGUUCCAAUGGGAGUUCCAAUGGGUGUUCCAAUGGUCCCACCACCAAUGGGUGUUGUACCAGGCGUAUAUCCAGCUGCACCAUAUCCAGUUGGUUAUGGAGGUCCACAUUAUCAAUAUCGUCACAAAUUCAAGGGCUAUAAAAAAAUGUACAAAAGAAGAUAUUAUUAAAUCAAUAACUUUAUUUCAUAAUAUAAAAAACAUAGAUUAUAUUUGUAAAAAAAAAAAAAAAAAACAAAAAAAAAAAACAAAAUGGCUAUAUAAUUAUUUGUAUUUAAAAUAACAAUCACAAUAAAAAUUUGUAUAUAUAAACAAUAUCAUUCAAAAUU